AUGAAUACUAAUUCCCUUACCCCUUUUAUUCCCUGUCUUCUGUUCUCCAGUUCUUAUUCACCCACUCGUCGAUGCUCCUGGCCACUCUACAUUGACACGAAGGGGACUUAUGCGAGCCUUCGCAAUGGAUCGAAGUUGGCGCUGAUCACAAUCUUCGAUGUAUUGGAGAAGAUCGUCUACGAGUUGGGCAAUGACCAAUUGAAGGUGAUCAAACGUGAGCUGAAAGCGGUCGAGGAGUUCCGCAAAAUGGUCACAGAGGAUAUCUUCAAGAAGGAAACGAUGAGCGACUGGACCGUCCGAACAUUCCGUCACGACCAGAUUCACUAUGCGGCAAUGGACGUUAUCGCACUCCAUUACCUCAACAUCGAGGCGAAAACAUUCGCGAUAAGCUGUUGGAGAUUGAGGAUGGAAUGGAUUGGCUGA